AAAUAAGUGUGUAGUGCUUCUUACAGCAGAGCAGAAGUAGUCAAACUAUCAUGGAAGACGAAUCGUUACAAGCAACUACAGAUGAGACGAAGGGGAAUGCCAAUAUUUCCAAAGACUCCAUAGAGUACAGGCUGCUUCUGGCUUACACACAGAAAAAAGGAACUGCACACAUUCUGAUCCCUGAGAAAAAUGGUGUGGAGAAGGCAAAGGACAUUUCGACUAAAGAACCACAGAACCGUCCUAAAUCAAAGAAAAAGAGAAAACUCAAAUUUUGGAAGUUAAUCAGUUGUGUUCGGCCAGCAAAAAAUGACGACAUUCCGGAGGAAGAAAACCAGAGGCGGUGUGCAGCUGCUGACUCAUGUUCAGAUGAAGACCAUGUGGAAGACGUUGUAGAAGCACUGACUAAGAUUACUGAUACGUUUGAUUUAAUCUCUGAUGGCAUAGAAACUGAUAGUGAUGAUAUUGUAGAGAAAAUAGUUCAAAUACUUCGGGAAGAAGGAGACAAACUUAAUGCGAAGAUUGAGAGUGACAAAGCCUUAAAGAAAGAGCUGCAAGCCUCAAUGUCAUACAUCCUCUUUGAAUGCGUGAUCCAGACAUUCACAGGGAGACUGAGCCCAGAAGUGCGUUCACCUGCACAGAGCCCAAAGAAGAAUGAGAUCGCCCUCACAUGUGAAGUGAUCAGUCGUCUGAACGCCUUGGACAGUCACCCCAUGAACCGAGUGCUGGGCUUCGGGGCCAAAUAUAUGCAUGACUAUUUCAGCCCCUGGGUCAAUGCCCAUGGAGGAUAUGAAAAAGUUUUUGACAGUGAUGAUACAGAGGAGGAGGUUCAGUGAACAAAGACUAUUAUUGUUUUCCCUGUAAAAGUCUUUCUAAUCAGUUAUUGGAUUAUUUCUCAGGUUUACAAUUAAGUUUACUUCAAGGAAAUUUGCACAUACAGGGUGACAAUGCUGCUAAGGAAUGAGUGUAUUAGUUUAAUAUUGAUCAAUGUUUUUUUGUGAUUUUCCAAAAAUGCCUUGUUCUUGGUCUUAACAAUAGAGAAUUAUUAUUCUUAUGUAUAUAUUAUAAUUGUACUGUACAUAUAUUAAGGACUAUUUUUGUAUUUUUAAUUAAUAAAUAAUAAAAUCUU